UUAUAAAUACAAAGACGGAAUUGGGUCGGGCUGCGGGACUGUGCCUGUGAUUAACCGGGUUAAUUGUGCUCUCCUUCAUGAUAACUGCGAGCAAAUGAAGAUGAUUGACAAUAUAGAGUGCAAUGGAUCUUUGUCUGGACAGGACAUUUGGGCGGAGAUUUGUCCAUGUCCUACUGGAGCCCAAACUUCGCAUGUCACAGAGGCUUUUUCUGACUCGUUCCUGUGCAGUCCUCCUGAGGGAAAUACUGAUAGGGAAUUGCAAGAUUGCAAUGAGAUGGAAAUUGAUUGCCUCUGCCCUAACCAGAAGCCUUGGGCCCCAUUACAAGACUCUGAGGUUUAUCUUGCUUCCCUAGAACGAAAGCUGCAGAAGAUUAAAGGCCACUCUCGAGAAAUGACGUCCAAAGAAAUGCUGCACUCACUUGGACAGGCUAAGAAAGAAUCAUGGGACAGAUUUCUGCAGGAGAAUUUGGAACCUGAACCAUAUGUGGAAGACUGUGAAGUGGAUUCCAGCUCACUGGAACAUCUGAGAAGGUGGCUGCAGCCAGAGAAGGUUGCCAUAAACACAGAGGAAGUGCAACAUCUUAUUCCAGCAGAAUCUCUAACAGAGAAAGCAGAAAAUGAUCAGGACUCUGCAUCUGCAGAAAAAUAAGAUCCUGCAAAUCAAAUAUUGGCCUGUGUUGCAUUUUUUGGGAGAAAUAAGUGGGGAAAAGAAGCACCAUCAGCAACUCAGGAGACUUGCACUAGUGACAGGCUCAUACCUCAUGUGCAGAGUCCUUACAUACUGUAUGAAGAGCCAUCUAUAGGCAACUUGUUCUGCCUACUGUACCGUAGUGUAACUACAAGCACAUGGGCCCCAAAACACCCGUGUCUCCAGUCAUGUACAGUUUCCUUAUCUCACCCCCUCUAUCAACUCAUGUGUCUCACUACAUAUGAAUGUUAGUUGGUUCAUUUGCACAUGAUUUUUUAAAAUGUAAAAAAUCACCAUAAAGGGAAUUAAAACCUAAUGAGAACUUUUGUAACUGAACCCCCAUAUCCUUCCAAACGUUGAUUUUUAUACCCUUGCACUCAACGUAUCCUGGAAAUGGUUUGAUAUCUGCUGUCCCUCUAUUGUCAGGGUCAUGUUUAUGUUUGAUGGUUACAGUUAUGGCACAGUAUAUAUAAGGUACAGAGCAGUCAGGGAUGUCAAGAGUUGUUGUUAAAAAGGUUGCAGGGUGGACAUCCCUUAUUUACAUAAUUUCUUCCCCUUAGAUCGGAGGCCCAACCUUCUUGCCAGGAGACUCUGAUUUCAAACCCCAACUAUCCAUGUAAAAUAAAAGACAUAAUGUA